AUGCUGGCCCGUGUGCUGGCCUCUGUGGCUUUGGUCCCCGCUCUGGGAAUGAAGUGCCCAGGCUCCAAGAGCUUUCUCCAUGCAUGGGCUAAGCUGGAAGCCUUGGCAGACACCAGCUGCCAGGAUGUGAUGGAAGAGAUCAAGGCCCGGGUGAACGGGGAUUGGCACGAUCCACACAACGGGGGCACCUACUCUUUGGUGAGUGAGAGCUCUAUGGAGCUUGACCUUGAGCGGGUGACCGGAAACCCGGCUGAAGGCAUUCUUGGUCCUUUCUUGAAACAUUUGGCCGGUGAGUUCGGCAUUGCCGCCACCGACAAAAUGAUCUUCACGUUCUCCGACUUCCCAGGGAGUCACCCUAGCUGUGGCAUUCAUGCCUGCUCAGAGUCGCAGGUCUUCUCGUUGAAGGACUUCUCCACCAACUACUGCAAUCUCCGGAACCUCUACUGUGGGAGUGAGGAGGGCUGCAAGCCAGUAAAGCAUGACUUCAACAACAGCGAGGUCUCUCUGGACAAAGCACGUUUCGCAGGAAAAGACAAAAGCGCCUGCAUCGUGACUGGGAAGGAAACCCCUAUGCUGCGGGCACAGGUUGAUUUGCUGGGUGACACUGUGGAUGAUACCCUCAGCUGCAUCAGCAGCAACUGCCCGUUGGACGCGGUGACCUUGUCACCAAGCCCUAGCUGCGUCUUGGGCAACUGUACGAGCAACCUGGCGAAGUGCCUUUUCUCCUCCAGCUGCCGCCAGGGUGUCAUGUGCGAGCUGGGCUGCACGGAACCUCUGGCGAAGACAGAGGAUGCUGUGCACUUUGCAUCUCUGAUGGAGUGCAUGCGCGUACAUUGCCCAGGCUUCCCUCCGAGCAAAAGCUGUGCUGCACUGCAUUGUGCUGUUGAGGCCGGCUCCUGUGCAGUGCAUAGCAAGUGUCGAGAGACCUUGGAGUGCGCCGACAAAUGCGUACCAGGCAAAUACACAGCUGCACUGUCAGCCAUGCCGCGUGAAGCAGUGAUUUGA